AACGAAAAUACUGAUGCGCUUAUUGUGUGUCAGUUGUUUCCUGCUUAAGCACCCUACAUCGUUCGAGUAUUGAAUCGAAAUACCGACAUUCAGAUUUCUCAUGUUGUUUGUGUUUGCUGUACCACCGUUUGACAAUACAGCUACUGGAAGUUGAAAGUGUUGUUAGAGAAAUAAACUAUGAUGUAAGGAAGUGAAAUUUAUUUCUCUGCGUUGCUGGGUAGAUUCCAUAGUGUUGAGUACGUACCCAGCCGCUUACGCCACUGUGAUUUUGAAUGAAACAUCUGGGUCUACUCACCUUGAAACUAGUCACUGAGACUUUAACGUAUAAGAUAAACAUAUUCUGAUACGGAAUGAGUGAAGCUUUGAUCAGCAAGACAAUAUUGCAUGCUGGCAGCAAAUGCGUCACCUUCGAGAAAGGGACAAAGGUGGUGUUUCAUUUUCAAACCAGAAGAGCAGGAGAUGAAUCUCAGGUUUUGGAUGAUAGUAGAAGUAUGGGCAAGCCAAUGGAACUGGUUCUCGGUAAAGGGUUUAAGCUAGAAGUUUGGGAAACUGCAGUAAAAAUGAUGGCGAUACAUGAAGUUGCAAAGUUCAAAGUUGACAAAAGUCUGCUUCCUGCCUAUCCAUUUGUGUCUAAAACUCUGCGGGAAUCUCUGAAACCACAUAAGGAGAGGUCCCACCACUGCUGUGCUGUUACACUGCAAAAUGAGGGGACAGGCUAUGAAGACCUGAACCAGCUCAUCAAGGAGCCCUGUGACCUGGAGUUCAUUAUAGAGCUACUUAAAGUUGAAGGUCCAGAAGAGUACAAGAAAGAAUCUUGGCAAAUGAAUGCAGAUGAGAAACUUUCUGCUGUUCCGAAGUUACGUGAGAGAGGAAAUCAGUUAUACAAGGAGAAGAAUUUUGAUGAAGCAGCAGGCCUUUAUGCUGAGGCCCUUGGCCUGCUGGAGCAGUUAAUGCUAAAUGAAAAACCUGGUGAUGAAGAAUGGAAUGAGCUUAAUAAGAUGAAAAUACCACUGCUGUUAAAUUAUUCACAGUGCAAGUUGUACAAAAGAGAAUAUUAUCAAGUGAUUGAACACUGCAGCACAGUUCUAAAGGAUGAUCCAGCACCAGUGAGGUUUCAUGCUGAAGAGAAGGUGGUCACACAAGUUAUCGUCCACUGCCGAACAUGCAGGCGAGUAAGCAGGAACAACAAGGAGAGAUUUGAUUUUUGGCGGCAGAGGGAGUUGGAGGCUGUGAAAUGUAUCGACGGAUGAAGGCUGUGUACGGUGAGUACAGGAGUCAUUCAGAUCCUGUGGAACGGUGCAAAUGGUUCCUUGAGGGGCACGAGGCCCGCCCACACAAGGCCAAUGCAGUGAAGAAGACAUUGCAACAGUUUUGGUGGGAAACGCUGGAGCAUCCACUGCACAGUCCCGACCUUUCACUGUGUGACUUUCAUGUGUUGGAGCUUUAAAACAAGCUAUUCACGGACAGCGAUUGGCAACGGACAAUGAAGUGUGUGACUGGGUCCAGGCAUGUAUCGGCAGCAGCCUACUAGCUUCUUCAAGGAUUGAAUCGAUCGUCUAGUGUUACAAUGAAAUAAAUGUGCCAUAGUUUUGGCGACUAUUUUUGAGUAUGUGUACUGUGUAUAGCUACAUUUUUGAGUUAAUAAAAUCGUUACUGCAUUACUUUAGACUAGUGACGGGGUUUCAUUUGAAUGCCCCUUAUAAUUGGAUGGAUAAAACAGUCUACUCACCAAGCAGUGGUAGGAGAAAACACACAUCAAAGGUAAGCUUCCAGAUGCAGUGGCUACUCCUCUUGAUACCGAGCGAGGUGGCGCAGUGGUUAGCACACUGGACUCGCAUUCGGGAUGACGACGGUUCAAUCCCGUCUCCGGCCAUCCUGAUUUAGGUUUUCCGUGAUUUCCCUAAAUCGUUUCAGGCAAAUGCCGGGAUGGUUCCUUUGAAAGGGCACGGCCGAUUUCCUUCCCAAUCCUUCCCUCACCCGAGCUUGCGCUCCGUCUCUCAUGACCUCGUUGUCGACGGGACGUUAAACACUAACCACCACCCCCACCGCUACUCCUCUUGGCAGACAGAUUAAAGGGGAAGAAACAGGGAUAACAGGAAAGGACUGAUGACGUUUAGGAAAUGGGGAGAGUUUUGAGAAGUCACCCAGAACCUCAAGUCAUGGGAACUUGCCAGAUGGGAUGAGAAGGAAAGACUGAUUGCUGGGGACCUCACCUUGAAGUAUAAAAGUGGAAGAUAUGGUAAUAAACAUGACAGAUAUUACUGACAAAACAUUGUGAAAGAGUUAAUAAGAGCGGAAAGCUAAGUAUCUUAUACAUGGUAGA